AUGGAAUUACUGAAAAGGAGACAAAUUAACUCUUCAAAUUUGGGAGAAACAGCGGAAAUCUUGGACGAAGAAGAACAAGAGCAAUUAGUUGUAAACUUACGCAAGGAGAAUGAUAAGGCUAAUAAUUUUUUUAGGGGAGCUUUGACGUCAAUUUCCGGACUACUUGCAUCAAGAUAUGUUUUCUUCCUAUACGAUCUAACAACCACCACAUCACUAAUAUUGCCAGCCGAUGCUUCCGGUACAUCAUCUCCUCUACUAUCAACACUACUAUGUAUCUUUGCAUUAUUUUUCUCAAUAUACAUUCUGCAAUCCCGAAAAUCAACAAAUAUUCUAAUAUUUGUUGGAAUUGGGAUCUCAUUGCUUCCGUUUUUGUUGGCUAUGAACGCUGAACAUUUUAUGCAAAAGUUAUGGUGGGGAAUCCCGUUGGGAACUCUGCUCCUUGAUUGUUUGGCAUUAUAUUGGAUUUGGAGUUCGGAAGAGAAUGUUGCUAAUUUGGAAAAAUUAAAGUACAAGUUGAAGGGCGCAUAA